GGAUGACACAGCAGCCGCCACGGCGGCCGGUCCCGGCGGCGAGCGGACAGCCCAGUCUGUCCCGAGCAGGUCCUGGGGAAACACACGCGCGGCGUGAGAGACGCGGGACAGAGGGAGGGUCGUUAUGUUUAGAGGCUGCGAGCAGCCCGCACGGGGCCGUUAAGCGACAGCUGAAAUCAGGUGUGUUUGAGUCUGCUGGGAAUCACCUCGUCCUCAAAGUCCUCGCCAAUGCUGAACAGGCCACCUAAAUUAUAGGUCUGUAACACAGUGUCUCUUGUCCUGACACUAAGGUGUCAUGUCAAAGGACACGUUCCCGUUCACGUCCACCUCACUGCGCUCUCUGAGACUGGAGCGGGAGUUCCAGGAGUGGGAGGAUGCUCGGCGGGCGCUGGCUCAGAGGAGAGCCCUGACCAGGGCCCCGCUGCCCCGAGCCCCCAGGCCUCCUCCCAGGCAGCAGCGGCUCCAGGAGGUCCGGGCCCCUCCGCCCCAGGCCCGGUGCAGAGACACGGCCAUCCACAACACCUUCCUGUGUGGAGACAUGAAGGGAUUGUAUGCGGUGCUGAAGGACCCAGCGAUGGUCAACGCUCUGAUGGAGACGGUGCACGAGGAGAUGGUGUGGGCUCCGGACAUGGGCAUGUGGACGCUGAGCUCCAGGGUGAAACAAACCUCAGCCUUGCGUCUGGCCGCCAGCAGAGGACACACAGGAUGUGUGGAGGAGCUGCUCUUUCGUGGAGCCGAGGUGAACGCCGACCCGGGAGGCAACACUGCCCUCCACGAUGCCUGCGCGGGCGGCCACGCCGCCUGCGUCGGGCUGCUGCUCUCUCAAGGAGCAGAUCCUGAACUGCUGGCUGCAGACGGCAGCGCUCCUCUCCACCUCUGCACCUCCGCCCAGUCAUUCCAGUGUGCUGAGUUGCUGUUAGAGGGAGGGGCGGAGGUCAAUGUGAGGAUGAGGGAGUCCAGGCUCACACCUCUGCACAUGGCGGCUCGCCGGGGCCUGGAGAAGCACGUGGAGCUCUUCCUGAGCCACGGGGCAGAUGUGUUGGCCACAAAUCAAGAGGGGGAGACCCCGCUGAACGCUGCGUGCUCCGGAGCCGAGAGGCCGUCUGAGUCCGGCCGCUACCUCCGUGCGGUUCAAAUGCUGCUGGAUGCAGGAGCCGACCCCAGAACCGCGGGCCGGAAGCAGCACACCCCCCUGCACAACGCCUGCGCAAACUGCUGCUCCAGGAUCGCGGACGUCCUCUUGCAGCAUGGAGCAAAGGCUGACGUCGCAAACUGCGCGGGAUACACACCGAUGGACUGUUUGUUGCAGGUGGUGGAGGAUUAUCCGGAGCAGCAACCUGAAGCAAUAGCACAGUCCCUCUUGAACCACGGAGCCAAACCUGUUUCACCAAAGAUGCUGAAGCAGUGCGUCCUCUCUCCUGCCACUCUGGAGGUGAUGCUGAACUCGUAUACAUCUGUCCCUCCCUGUGAAUGGAUGGACUCCCUGCCCGCUGAGGUGUACGAGGAGCACCGGCCUUUCUUCGACGUGGUGCGUGGGCGGAGCGGUCAGCCUCGCUCGCUGCAGCAUCUCUGCCGGUGUGCCUUGCGCCUGCAUCUCGGAGCCCGGUGUUACUCAGCAGUCGGUGAGCUGGACAUUCCCAGCUCUGUGAGGGAUUAUCUGCUGCUGCGUAACGACGGGACGCUCCACUGACUUCGUGUUGUACACGUGAUCUAACUUUGUCUGAACUGCACUGAUAAAAACCUGUUCCUGCUAUUUUAUUUUUUAUCUAACACUUGUUUUUGCUAACUUUAAAGUAUUUUUUAUGUAACUCUGUUGUGUGGAAAAUGUAUAAUUUGAAAAAAUUAUAAAAAAAAUAUUUUUGUGUGGACGUUCUGGAAGAAAAAUACAAAUGAACCAAACUUCACCACCCGGAGGAUUAUUAUUCAUUUACAUUUACCUUCACUUAUGCAGGAUGGGUUGUUUGGAACUGUUGUUUUAACAUUAUUUUUGGCACUAAGGUGCUUUCAUAAAAACGAUAUUAAACAAAAAA